AUGCUGAAUUUUACUAUUCGUCAAGAAGAAAGCGACCAAACACUUAUUAGUUUUCUGAAAAGAAGAUUUAAGACUACUCCGUUAAGCCUAAUUUAUAAACUUUUUCGCACCAAAAAAAUAAAAGUUAAUGGCGAAAAUAUUCGCUAUUAUCAUCAUCGCUUAAAAGCCGGAGAACAAAUUAUCAUUCACGAUAAUUAUCUAAAAACUGCGGUUGCGAAAACCACUAUUUUCCCACUUUCUCAGUCCAAGGUAUAUUUCGAAAUUACUUACGAGGACCCAAACAUUCUAAUUGUUGUCAAAGAGCACGGGAUAACCAUGCUGAAUUUAGAUAAUGAUGUCCGACAUUAUUUAGCCGAAAAGGACCCGACCGAGUAUCGCCGGCAGAUAGAAAAUUUUUUUGUCUUGACGGCAGUGCACCGCCUCGAUAAAUUGACCCAAGGACUAGUUAUUUAUCCCAAAAAUCCCAUGGUGAAGAAAAUACUUUAUAAGGCUAUUAGUGAUAAAAAUAAGAUAACCAAAAAAUAUCUAGCCUUUUGCGAAAAAUUAUCCCGCUCCGACUUGCCUAAUUACAUUAGUGGCUAUUUAGAAAAAAACGAUUCCGAGCACAAAAUGCAAUUUUCCUUAAAUCCUACCACUUCCCAAGUUAAAUUUUGUGCGUUGGAAGUAAAAAAACUCGGACUAAAAAAUGAUUAUCAACAAUUGGAAAUUACUUUACACACGGGGAGAAAACACCAAAUUCGUAGUAUUUUAUCCUAUUUUGGUUAUCCGAUUGUCGGCGAUAAAAAAUACGGAAGUUCAGUAGUCAUGAAUAAUAAAAUCGGUUUGUUGGCCUAUCAGUUAGAAUUUAAUAAUCUUCCCUCGCCGUUAACUUACCUAAACAAUCGAAUUUUUGCUAUUCCCGAAGAAGAAAUUGGUUACAAACAAAGAUUUACAAACCAAUGA